AUGAAUAGACACAGAGGUACUUCAAGUCGUUGCAGAAAGAUAUUAAAAUUGGUGAACUAUGGGAUACACGACAAUAUUAUUAAUGAAGAUGACAGUAGUAUUGAACUUGAAGAACAACAUGAAAUUAAAGAAAAUUUCACAUAUCUUUCGCGAAGUUCUUUCCCCAUUGAUGGCAUAUCAGACCUCAAAGAAGUCAACUCAGAACCUGAUGAUUUUAUUACAUCGGCUCCAUUAAUAGUAGUAAAUGUAUCUCCAAAUGAUAAUAAUACCUCACCACCAAAUUUACCAACAAAUGACAUUUUAGAUAUUUCUCAUAAUGUUGUACCUGAAAUGGAAUACCCUACUCCAUUGCAAUCUGUAAAUAAUAAUGAUGAUUUACAGACUACUGAUAAUUCUAUUGUAAUGACUCCAUCAAACCAACAAAAAAUAGAUUUUAUAGCCACGCCGACUGUUUUAUACAUUAAUAAUGAUUACGAUCUAAGAAAUAUUUCCGACUUAGAGGGUUUUUUACAUAGUAUUGAAACACAAAAUAUAUCACAGGAUAUUGUAACUACAGAAUCGGAGGAAAGACCCGUCACUCCUAUAGAACCGCUUACGAAAAAGAGAAAAAUAGAUCCUAAUUUAUGGAAAGAUCGCAAAAAUAAAACUCUUAAAAAUUCUGGUAAAAGUUAUGAAAGUGUUAGAACUAAAAAGCAAAACGUAGAAAAAUCUAUAGGUCCACCAUGCAACUGCAAACUGAAAUAUUACAAAAAGAUACAGCAAAAUUUGAGGAGUAAAAUUUUUCAAAAUUUUUGGGCUAUCGGGGACCACGAAAGAUAG